AUGUUUUGUCGUCUAUAUCUCAUAUGUUAUAUUAUUUUGAUAACGAUCAAUGUCAUUUUGACAGAUAUUUAUUUACAUAAUCCAAGAGGUAGUAAUAAUCGACAUAAUGAAAAAACUCGAGAACGUCAAAAUGAAAAUUUGACAAAUCAACAUUCAUGUAACGAUGUCAAUGCUGAUUGUUCAAUUUUAUUUCAAUAUACAUGUGGUGAUACACUUCGAGAUGGAAAAUCAACAACAACAAUACCUCUAUCAGUUGAGGGAGAAAAUGAUUCAACAUAUCGAUUAACAGAAGACUUAACAUCAUAUUUAAACUGUCGUGUACGAAGUCGAAAUAAAAAUUUAUUUACUGCUAAUCAAGGUCUUCGGGGUGAUUCAUCAAUUUAUACACGACAGAAUCCUGCUGGUACAAGAUAUGGUUAUGAAUGUCCAGAAGAACGUGAUUAUUAUCCAUAUUGGCAACCAACUAAUUGGAUCGAUAUUGCUAUCUUAACAAAUCGACAAGAUUUAUGUACUUACUAUCGUCAAAAUAGUCAAAAUGUUCAAUCACGUUUUGCAUGUACAUUUGCCACAAAAGCUGAUUUAAUUAAAGCAAAUGACCUUAAAAUUAUUUUACCUAAUAAUAAAGAAGCAUGCGAAGCAUUUAAUAAUCCAGGUUUAAAUGGUAUAAAACCUCGUUGGAUUGAAUUUCCAAGUCAUAAUCAACCACCACCAGAAUGUUAUUCACCACCAUAUACAAGAGAAAAUCAUCUUGGUGAUGUUUAUGGUUCAGAUAUGCCUGUAUUUAAUUGGACAUUACCAAAUAUAAGUGCGAACAAAUGUAUUUUACGUGUUCGAUAUAAUAUAUCAACUGGUGAUUAUGAUGGUUGGAAUAUAAAUUCAUCAAGUAAUAAUGGUAAUCUUUAUAUAAUGAAAGAUUUUUUUCCUGAUGAAUUAACUGCUGAAAGACGAGGUUAUCGUUAUCAAACAAAUCCUGAAAUUAAAUUAUUUGAUGAUAUAGAUUUAACACUUCAACUUGCUGUAAAUACAGCACAAUAUGGACGAGUAUUUCAAGACAGAUCGUUCACAUUCGAAAUUCGACAACGUCCAACUGAAUUUCAAGAUAAACCUAUUUAUAAUCUAAAUGUAAGAGGUAGACGUGGAAAUAUUGUUCAAGUAUAUCCAGCUGUUGAAUAUGAUUUCGUACCAAAUCGAUUAGAAAUUCCAUCGAAUUCAUAUGUUCAUAUUCAAUGGAUUGGUUCAAAUACUACUCCAGAUGGUGACGGACAAGGAAAUCAACAAAUUGAUCGAAAUAAUUUAUUACUUCUAACUAAUAGAAUGAUUAAUUCGGAUUGGAAUCAAUUUGAAUAUUUGAAUUCUACUGGUUUAUUAAUUGCUAAUAUGCCUGCAUUAUUAAAUCAAACAAAUUUUCUUAAUUUACCUUUGAAUGAUCGUCGACAAUUAGCUGCUUCAGGACAAAAUACUGAUCCUUUAUUGUACAACGCUUCGGCAUAUUUUGAUCUUGGAGCACGUUUAAUAUCUGCUGAAUCAGCUGGUGUUUAUCAUUAUGUAUCAACUCGUAAUAAUGAUUUUUCAAAUCGAGACCAAAAAGGUCGAAUUAUUGUACAACCAUUUCAAUAUAAAUAUCAACUUAUUGGACAAAAUAGUCAUACAAUGAAAUUAGAAAAUGCUAUGUUAACAUUUCCUGAGAAAAGCACUAAUACAACGAUUUCAGUAAAAUUUUCUCAAUUUACUCGUGAUCAACUUGCAAAAAUUCUUCCAAAGAAUGGACAAAACAUAGUUGCCAAAGAAACACUUUUUGAUAAUGUCUAUGUUAUUGAACCACAUGAACAUCGUUUUUCUUCUAAUAUUGAAUUUGGAAUACCAUUUCAAGAAUUUAAUAAUAAUGAAAAAAAUGUUGAUGUUCUGCAAUUUGAACCUCGAAAUGGUGUCUAUUUAAAAUUACCUACGACACUUGAUACAAAUAAUCGUAUGCUUAAAUUUCAAUCAGAUACAGCUGGCGUAUUUGUAUUUGUUGAAAGACCAUUAACUCCAAUAUGGAUUGCUGGUAUAGUUAUACCUAUUAUAUUAGUAAUUAUUAUUGUUAUUUCAACAAUAGUCUAUUUUAAAUUAAGUCCAAAUAGGUAUACAGAAGUUAAAGAUGAAUUAUCAAAGACAAAACGUUCGUUUUUAUCACGUGUUUAA